GAUAGGCCCACAACCGUCGCAGAGCCGCCCCCUCUGUCCGAGGGAGGGAAUGGCGGCAACGGUGGCAACGGAGGAGGCAAUGGUGAUCAGGGCGGUUCGGUUAGGGGUCGGGCGGGCUAUAGAGGAGCGGCGCUCUUGCGUACAAUUCCAGCGCACGUGAAGGUGAAGAGCGGCGAAGGCGGCGCUCCCGUCAAAGUUGUGGCCAACUAUUUCCGACUCAAUACACCCAAAGAUGUGCUCAUAUAUGACUAUCACGUGGACUUUGAGCCCAACGUUGAGGCCCGAGUCAUGCGAAAGGCUAUGCUCUUCGGCGCCGCCAAAGAGGCGUUCGGCAAUGUUAUGGUCUUUGACGGCAUGUCUAACAUAAAGUCCACAAACCUAUUGCCCGCCGUAGAGACCGAAUACUUCGCCAAACGCCGCACAGACGACGCCGACAUCAAGAUAACAGUGCGCCGCGCGGGAGAGAUCGCUUGGGGCGCCCAAGAGAUGAUGCGGAUGUACAACACGCAGAUGCGGCGCAAUCUGCAGCUCCUGAAGUGGAACCUAAUCGGUCGCCAUUACUUCCAUCCGGACAUCAAACACAAGAUACCGGAGCAUCGGUUGGAGAUAUUGCAGGGCGUGAUGACGGCCAUCAAUGAACACGCGGGCGGAGUACUGAUGGUGUGCGACACCGUUCACAAAGUGAUCCGUUCGGACACGUGUCUGGAGACGUUGCAGCAGAUCCUGAAGCGCGAUCGCGGCUCGUUUCAGGACAACGCCCGCAAAGAGUUGGCCGGAAGUAUUGUACUGACGCCUCAUAACAACCGCACGUAUCGGGUCGACGACAUCGCCUUCGACAAGAACCCGACCCAUACUUUUGAGCGCAAAGGAGCGCCCAUUUCGCUUAAGGACUACUAUAAACAACAAUACAAUAUCACUAUUCGCGACGAACGCCAGCCAUUGCUGGUCGGUCUGCCGUCGGCGCGCGAAGAGAGGUCGGGCCAAAGCGGACCCAUUCUACUCAUACCCGAGAUCUGCAAUAUGACGGGUCUGUCUGAGACCUUGAAGAACGACUUUAACAUUCGCCGACAGAUGACACAAAAGACGCAAACGGAUCCGACCACUCGCGUCAAGAAUUUGCACCAAUUUAUGGGAACCAUUGCCGGCAAUGAGUCCAUUAAGCAAGAGAUGGCUCAGUGGGGUCUGUCGUUUGACGCGACGCCCAUUGAGUUCAACGCCCGCCGACUGGACUGCGAGAAGAUCCUAAUGCAAGGCGAGACCGCACAGACCGGCGCCACGUUUAUCCAAAAGAGCGGCGACUUUAGUAAAGAGAUCCGCAACAAAGGUAUGUUCGCCGGCAUACGAGUCAGCGAUUGGACGAUAAUCGCGACGGCGCGCGACCGCCAAACGGUGGACGAGUUCGCCAAUACGUUGAACAGAGUGUGUCGACCGCUGGGCGUUAACCUGAAUCGGCCGACAGUCGUGGCGCUGGACAACGACCGCACCUCGACGUUCGUGGAGGCGUGCAAAGCGGUUCCGGCCAACACUCAAAUCGUGUGUCUCGUUCUGCCCAACAAUAAUAAGGAGCGAUACGACGCCGUGAAGAAGAUCUUCUGUCUCGACCACCCGAUGGCCUCACAAGUGGUGGUGAAGAAAACGGUUGAUAAUAAACAACGAUUGAUGUCUGUCUGUACCAAAGUUGGCAUUCAAAUGGCCUGUAAGCUCGGCGCCGAGGCCUGGGCUCUAGACAUUCCCCCCAAAGACUUGAUGGUUGUUGGCUUUGAUGUGCACCGCGACAGCAGUCAACGCGGUAAAGCACUCGGAGGGUUCGUGUGCUCCACGAACGCAACGCUUACCAAAUGGUAUUCUCGGGUCUCAUUCCAUGACAAUCGCGAAGAGUUGUCCGGAAAUUUGACCACUAAUUUCUCAAAUGGUCUGAAACGGUAUUACGAAUUGAACAAAAAACUGCCGCAACGACUGGUGAUAUACCGCGACGGCGUGUCUGAGGGCGAACUCGAGUACGUCUUCAACUAUGAGGUGAAACAGAUCGAAGACGCCAUUAAGAAGAUCGGCGACGCGGCCGCUGCCAUCAAGUUGUCGUUCAUUGUUGUCACCAAACGGAUCAACACUCGAUUUAUGCUGAAGUUAGGCGAACGCCAGUUCGACAACCCCUGGCCGGGAACCAUUAUCGACACCACUGUUACCCGUCCCGAGCGAUACGACUUUUAUCUCAUAUCACAGUCCGUAAGACAGGGAACCGUUGCGCCGACAAUGUUUAAUAUCAUCAAAGAUGAUACCAAUUGGAAGCCACACCAUCACCAACAGCUCGCCUACAAACUCACUCAUCUCUACUACAAUUGGAUCGGAACCAUCCGAGUGCCGGCCCCGUGUCAGUACGCGCACAAAUUGGCGUAUUUGACCGGUACUUCCCUCCAUCGCGAGCCCAACCCUAAACUCUCGGACUCACUCUUCUAUCUC